CAGAAUUUCUGUUUUAUGAAUCGUAUCCUUACGUUAUACAAGCGAUUGCCACCAAGAUCCAACCUUGUCAAAGGUAGAAAAUACUUGUCUACCUUAGCAACAACAGGUCUUAUUGUAUUUGGUGUUCCACUAGGUUUGUAUACUUACAAGUGUCUAAUGUUAAUAGCUUUCCAGAACAAACUCAUCUACAUGGGUUAUCUUCCACCAGGAUCGCGACAUAAUCAAGAUUUUAAACAACAGAUACCCUCGUCUUUGAACGUCCAAGAGGAGUUCAUCAAUACAGUCGAUAAUAUACGCUUACAUGGUUUUCAGGUUACCAAGAAACAAACCGUGAGUGCUGAUAUAACAGUGAGAAAAAAGUCAGAUCCUAUUUUGAUCUAUUUUCAAGGGAACGCAGGGAAUAUGGCGGACCGUUUUGAGCUCUUUAAAUGCAUUUUGACAGCUAUUCCGAAUUUGACUAUUAUCGGUAUUGCAUAUCGCCAAUAUGGCAAUAGUGAAGGUUAUGCGACAGAAAAAGGUUUACAAAAAGAUGCUCAAGCAAUAUUAGACUCAGUACUAGCAAAAUGUGAUCCAUCUGCCGCUGUGUAUCUUUAUGGUCAUUCUUUAGGUGGUGCUGUAGCUGUUGAUUUAAUGAAAAAUUUGAUAUUACAUGAAUCCAAAAAUAACAACAAGAAAAAGAUUGACCGUAUUCAAGGUAUCAUCAUAGAAAACACAUUUACAAGCAUCUAUGAUAUGGUGAAUAGUCUUUAUCCAAAGUAUAGUCCUUAUCCAUACAUUGCUAAAUAUUGUUUGUGGAAUCAUUGGUGCACUGAUGCUAAUCUUCGGUAUCUACCAUCCACUACCCGAUUCCUUUUCCUAUCAUCAGAUAAUGAUGAAAUUGUGCCUUCAUCACACAUGAGAAAGUUAUAUAGUAUUGCUCGAUAUCAUCCUCUACAUAAUGCAACUUUGGUUAGAUUUAAACGAUCCCUUCAUAUGGAUAUUUACUCUAAGGAAACCAAAUUAUUUCAAACCACAUUACGUGAUUUCAUCAAAUGA